GUUCCUUCUUGCGUUUGAGGGUUCGGAAAAAUACGUUACCAACACCCUUAAAUUCUCGUUUCUUGGAAGAUGUCAACAGGCAUGGAAACCAAGGAGAAAUAGAAUGGUGAGAUUAUAAUGGAACAGAACUUCAGUACACAGAAGGAUCUGAUGAGGAAUGAAGGACCAGGGAUGGUUACCACCAAACCUGUUGGAAGCAUCAGAGGAAGUGAUGAGCAAAUAAUCUAUCUCCUUGGCAGUCCCUGCUCUGCCUACAUAUAGGGUUAGUGUUCGGGCCAUGAAAAAUAUAACAGAGUCAGAAGCAAUAGUGUAGUGUAAAUGGCUUGGCUCUUCAGUGGGGCUGGGGGAAGAUGAUGGGGGAAGUCAUUUCCCAGUAAGGGGCCUCCAAGGAGUCUGCCUGCCUCCUCCCACUCAGCUGCCCUACAGCUGAGGGGGAGGCGGCGGGCAGAACAUUUGGCACAGCGUGGAGCCUGUGAGCGUCCAAGCCACCGCGUCACUCCCAGGAGAGAUGCGUGGCUCGGGCGCGCUGCAGGCCCCACAGUGAGUGCCACCCUGCAUUUUGUCACCCCCCUCCUCAGUGGUGACACCCGGGGCGGCCCGCCCCUACCAUACACCCCUUCCUCCACCCCUGGCUAGGCUACUGUACAAAGGCAAAAUUUCCAUUCAUUGAUCUACCCACUUUGAAUGAAGGGAUUUGAACUAUUCUACCCACAUAACACAGCAUGACAAAUAUAGGCAUUAUGGUGGCAUGACAGUAACAUCAAAAAAUGUUGCAAAAUGAUGAGCCAAUGGAAAUGUUUAGCAUUGAGAUAUUGCUGCUGUGUGAUAAAUUUCAUCUUGUAAAACACUUGCUGGAACAAUUUCUACGUUGUCAAUAUGUUGUGUAUUACAUACAUUCAACAGCUAGGAAUAAUAAUAAAAAACUAAUAAGAACCAGUAGGAGGGGGAAAUGUAUGUUUUAUUUAAUGUUUUUAUAGUAAUCAAACCGACAUAGCAGGGAUUUGCUGAUUAGUGAUGGUUAUUUUAUCCAUUUAUGAUGUGCUUUUAGAAUGUUAUUCAAGAUUGGUUUGGAAACCUUGCAGGGAACUCUAUUGCAAUUCUGUUUUUGGAAUUGAACUUUCAUCAAAUGACUGAUUAAAUUAAUGUGAAAAUACUGGUUCGCACAAAGGCACACAUUUACCUCAGAGUAAGGGAAUAUAGGGCUGGAUUCAACUAAGUAGGGGCACUAUUGAGAACUACCACAAGUCCUGCUUGUGAAACAGGGCUUUCUCUCCCACCAACAUAUGCCCUGCACACAAGAGGAGGAGAGGAGAGACGUUAGGCAAGUAGAAUGAUAGCGUUGAUAGAAAGUUUGUGUUAGCUCACAACUUGCAUGACAUCUGAGUAGGCAAGUACAUUAUAGUGCAAUCCUAUGUGUGUCUUCUUAGACUUAGUUCCAUCAAGUUCAAUGGGGCUUACUCUGAAGAAAGUGGAUAUGGGAUUGCAGCCUUUAUCCCAGAGAAACCAAUGGAACACUUUAGUAAUGACUAACCCAAGCUCCACUGAUUUAAAUGGGAUCAAAUCAUGACUAACACUACAAUCCUAUGCAUGCCUACUCAAAUGUAUGCACCACUUAGUUAAUUUCACUAACUUCAAGUUUAUAUAGGAUGACAAUUGGAUCAAUCUGCACAUAUUUUUCCAGGUCUACAACUUUUAAUUCAGGCAUGGUGAACCUUUGGCCUUGCAGAUGUUGCUGAACUACAACUCCCAUCAGCCUCAUCAAGCAUGGGCAAUGGCCAGAGGUGAUGGGAGUUGUAGUUUAGCAACAUCUACAGGGCCAGAGGUUCCCCACACCUAUUGAUCAAUUCAUGUCAGCGUCUGGGCAGAGGAGGAAUGGUGGAGACCGCCUCCCCAGCCUGACCCUUCCAGAGAAGAAGGAGACAGUUCAGAAUUACAACACGGGUUUGAGGGAGGUCACAGCUCAGAGGCAGAUGAGGGGGGAAGCUGGGAAAUAAUGGGAGAGGAAGAGGAAGGAGCACUAGUGGAGUGACAGCUGACAGACUCAGUGUCUUUAGAAAGCAUUCCAGACCCGCCCCCUUCUCCCAAAACAUUGCGGGCCUUGAAAGUAGUAGAGCAAAGAGCUCAAAGGCCGAAGUUGCUUUCCAGCACCCACAGCAAUGACUCAUGAGGAAGUCGGAGAGAUGGAUGGGGUGGGGUUUCACUCAGAGCAAUGCCAUUAUUCUGAGGGGCCACGUUCCCAAGCCUCUCUCUGUGAAUAUUGAAUAAAAGCAGAUGGCAAGGCGUUGGCUCCUCUGCCACCUGAUAAUAAUAAUAAUAAUAAUAAUAAUAAUAAUAAUAUAAUUUGUUAUUUAUACCUCGCCCAUCUGGCUGAGUUUCCCCAGCCACUCUGGGUGGCUUCCAAUCAAGUGUUAAAAACAAUACAGCAUUAAAUAUUAAAAACUUCCCUCAACAGGGCUGCCUUCAGAUGUCUUUUAAAAAGAAGAUAGCUGCUUAUUUCCUUCACAUCUGAAGGGAGGGCGUUCCACAGGGCGGGCGCCACUACCGAGAAGGCCCUCUGUCUGGUUCCCUGUAACCUCACUUCUCGCAAUGAGGGAACCGCCAGAAGGCCCUCGGGGCUGGACCUCAGUGUCCGGGCUGAACGAUGGGGGUGGAGACGCUCCUUCAGGUAUACAGGACCAAGGCCAUUUAGGGCUUUAAAGGCCAGCACCAACACUUAGAGGGGCAAAGUUCUUCCCGACUCUUGGUUGACACUGUUCAUUACCAUUUCUUUCUUAUCUCUUUCAGUUUUUCCUUUGAUGAAGUUACCUCAUACUAUGAGCCACCUGUGGAUUGA